AUGGUAGCUCAAAACUCUCUACAUAAAGGAGAUACUUCUGAAACAGAAUUAAUCUCUGGGACGGAAUCAUUCUCCUCGGACCAAGGCCAUAAGGACACUAUAGAUCCAUCAUUAUCGUUGGAGAAUUUAUUCUCCGAAUUAAAUCAACAAACCAAAAAUGCAAACCAAGCGGUUGUAGAUGAAGACGACGAGUUUAAAAAAAUACAGAAGUCUAUCUCGAAACUACCAAAACUUGAAUCAAAUUUGGAAGAAAAUUUAAACAAGGAAAUAGCUACGAUAAAAAAGAUUAAUGAUAUAACCAGAAUAAACGAUCCAAUAAUACAUAAACCAAAGAAAGCAGGAAAGGAAGAGCAAUUAGACUCGGGAUCGAAGUGGUUUAAUAUGAAACAACCAGAGUUGACUGCUAGCGUAAAGAGGGAUUUGUCUAUCAUUAAACAAAGAAAUGCAUUGGAUCCAAAGAGACAUUAUAAAAAGGACAAAUGGGAAAUCCCAAAAUUCUUUCAAAUGGGUACUGUCGUUGAAGGUAACACUGAGUUUUAUUCUGCAAGGAUGAACAGACGUGAUAGAGGAAAUACUUUGGUGGAAGAAGUCUUAAAUGAUAAUGAUAGAAAGAAAUAUUUCAGGAGAAAGUAUACUGAAAUUCAAGAUAAGAAAACCAGUGGUGGUAAAAAUCAUUACAAGAAGGUUAAAAGUAUGAGAAAGAAAUAUUAA